AUGAAUGUAGAUGAGAAAAGAGCACUUGUUGACGAGAUUAUGUUGCAUAUGGAGGGGGACUCACUGCCAAGAGGCUUCUUAGCCAAUUUGGCUAGAAAACAUUCAGUGCACAAAUCAACAACAAUAAGGUGGUUCAAGGUAAUCAAACAAUCUCUAGCUGAAGGUAUUGUUGUUGAUGUUAAUACCAAAAAAUUACGCAGAACAGGACCCAAACCAAAAGUGUACACAGAUGAAUUUCUAACAUUAAUACCACUGUACAAGAGAGGGACUGAGAGAGGUUAUGUUGCAGCCCUCAAAAUACCAAAGACAUCAAUUUAUAGACUGAGGAAACAAGGCAGGCUAAGAACACACACCAGCACAAAUCAUCCAGCUCUAACAGAGAAGCACAAAGUGGCAAGACUGAAAUGGGUCCUAAGUUACAUAGAUCCCAUUCCAAUAGAAGGGGACCCAAAAUUCAGAGAUAUGCAACAGUGGAUACAUCUAGAUGAAAAAGGGUUCUUCAUUAAUCCAGAGACAAGAACUUUUUAUUUGCUGCCUACAGAGGAAGAUCCAUAUAGGGCACAACAAUCAAGGAGAUUCAAGAUAAAAGCAAUGUUCAUGGGAAUGAUUGGGAAACCCUUGUUUGAUGAGCAAAACAAUAUGGUACAUGAUGGGAAAUAUGGUCUAUUUCCUUUUGUCAAGUAUGAAAUGGCAAAAAAGAAAAGCAAAAACAGAGAUGCAGGGACUCUAGAGACAAAGGCACUUCAAAGUGUCACAAAAGCCUGUGUUUAG